UUCCCACCCUGCCGUUUGUCUCUUCACACGUAUAUAAAGUCAAGUCACAUGGAUAUAUCCUGUAUAAUUACAUCAGAUCGUGAAUAACACGAGUUAGGUGUGGAUUUAUCGUAUGUCAAUCAGUUCAAAGCAACCGCGGUGCGACUUCUUUAUCAGGACUCUACUUUGAAAACUGGAGGUGAUUGCGCAGUAAAUUAAGUACUACCAGCACUUUUGAAUUUGCGUCGUCGUGAAUAUAGUCAUGAAAUUCACAAUAUUUUGCCUGUUUGUUGUCAUUUCUGUCGUCUACGUGUACGCACAAGACUAUUACACUGAUAAGUAUGACAACAUAGAUAUACAACAAAUUCUUAGUAACGAGCGUUUGCUAAAGCGAUACAUCGAUUGUAUUCUGGAAAAGCCCGAUGUUAAAUGCCCUGCUGCAGCUGCAGAGGUAAAAAAACACGUAAAAGAAGCGCUAGAAACGGAAUGUGCGAAAUGUUCGGAACGCCAGAAAGAUCUCUCGAAAACAGUGAUAAAAUAUCUAAUCUUAAAUAAGCAAGAUAUGUGGAAUGAUUUGAAAACAAAAUACGAUUCGGAAGGAAAAUAUGCCAAGAAAUAUGAGGAUAUGGCCAAGGAGGAAAACGUUCAGAUCUCUGCGCCUCAGGGUCUCGUUGUAGAGGUAGAGUAUGCGCCUCUUCUCGCGUUUCCUAUAGAAGAACGAGCAUAUCACUCGUCGCAGUCGUUGGGUGUAAGCGGUGGUGAACAGCAAUACCCAAAUGGCCAGAUAGAACGAGUAGAUCUUGAGGAUCAUAUCGACGAUUAUGCCCUCGUACAACACGACAGCUGCGACAAAUCCAAAGAGAAAUCCGAUGAAGGCCCUCGCUUUCCGAUGAGUGCCGAUCGGAUCGUAGCAGAUGUGAAACAGGCAGUGAAUCGGGAACAACGCAUCGAUCUUGUCCGUGUUACGAUGAGACAUUUAGUCGUCACCUUUAUCACCGUGUACGUCCUUUCAUUCACCUCCGUUUUCGCCCAGGAUGAGGUGUACACCACGAAAUUCGACAAUGUAGACGUGGAUGCGAUAAUAAGCAAUGAGAGGCUGUUAAACGGAUAUGUGGGUUGCCUGCUCGAUCGGAAUCCCUGCACCCCGGACGCGGCGGAACUCAAAAAGAAUUUGCCAGAUGCGUUGGAGCACGACUGCGCCGGAUGUAGCGAGGCGCAGAAGAAUGCGGCCGACAGGAUCUCUCAUCAUCUGAUUGACAAUAAACCGGACGAUUGGAAAUUACUGGAAGACAAAUACGAUCCUACCGGGGCAUACCGGCGGCGUUAUCUGGAGAACCAAUCAGGAGGAAGCAAAGUCGACUAAGAUCGCUUUUCCAUGUUGUAAAGACCGUAAUAUAGAUUUCUAAUACCGACCUCGGAUCUAUCUACCGGACUCGAUUGCUCAUCUUGUAAUCCUUGCCAUAUACGGCGGUUGAUUUUACGUAACAAUUUGCGUCACAGAAAACCCUGCAUAUCAUCGUCUUUAGGAACAUAAAAAUGUUCAUGUAUAUUGAGACGGGUUAUUAAAAAAAGAAUAGUAAAACAAACGCUUUAAGUUUUACGUAGCAUUUUUGUUUUAACGCGCAAUUCCUUCUCUUGUCAUAAAUUUGAUUUAUCCUCUGGUUAAAAACAUACAUACUUACAGUCGAAUAUUCAAAUAUCCACUUACUUUAUUUGAUUUAUUAGACUUGCUGACUUUUAAAGAUGAAUUUUUUAUCUAACGUAACGAGUUAAUAUCCUUGAAUAAACAAUAAGCCGUUUUACAAGAGCCUUAUGCUUGUGUGUUGUAGAUUAAGAAAAUUAAAAUUAACAAACAUCAAUAUGUAAUAAGAAUUGCUUGAUUAGCAAUGUAUGCGUAAAAAAAGUUACCAGAAUAUCUUUUUAUUUUAUCAUUGAGAAUGGGUAAGGAUUCAUUCUGAUCAUCCAUGCAAAUAAUUUAAAUAAAGGAGUUGUAGUAUUAUAUUAUAAUAUUGUAAUUAGAAUUUCGCAAAUAGAGUAUCGCAGCAUUAUGUUAUGCACAAAAGGAGAAA